AUGGCUGACAAUGAGAUCAUCAAUCGCCGACCAAGUGGGGCAUCCGCCGCUGGAGACAGCCCGGUGGCCAUCGCCAUGGAGCAUGUCGCACCGGAGCCCACUCCAUCUCCAGAGCCAGAGCCGGAGCCAGAGAAGAUCAGCUUGAGGAGCGCUGAAAAAACAAAGGACAUGCACCAGGUCUGCGUGUCGAUUACCCGGAAGAAGCUGGAGGAGCUGCUCAACGAGAAGAAGAUCCGGUAUUUUAUACCGGAGGAAAAGGAGGUCUCAUGGACGGAUCUCGGAUUGGCGAUCAUAGCUCUGUUCGUUGACGCCGUGGCAAGUCUCGGAAUCCUGAGCAAAUUCUCGAAGAUGGCCGUUUCAGUCUUCGUUCUCUUGCUCGAACAAGAAUGA